AUGAAUAGCGGAGGCCUCCUCUCACGCAAGCGGGUGCGAGGAGAGCAGCCGGCAGCUGGCCCCUGGCCGGCCGAGGCGUGGCUGGGCGGGCUGGCCGAGCUGACCCUGCUCGCCAGCGACUUUGACCAGCACGUGUGGCCCUGGCUGCUCACUCACCCGGCCGCCACCCGCUCCGACUCCCUGCGCCUCGCCCUCGCGUGCGGGGAGGAGGACGACGAAGCCCGCGCCAACCCGCUUCUGCUCAACGUCUUCGCCGUGCUCGCCCUCGCGGCACAGUUUCGAGGGGAGCCCAAGCGUGCCGAGGAGUACUACCAGCGGGCGCGGGCACACCUGGGGGCGCUCUUCGAUGUCCACGCCAUCGAGGUGGCCGAGGGCCUUCGUGCCCUGGGCCACUACUCCCUCGCCCUGGCGGACUUUGCCCGGUACUCCUACUACUACUCCCUUGCCCUCUCCAUCUGCCGCUCCCUACGCGCCUACAGCUCCGAGAGUUCUCUCAUCUUAACUAGUCCCCCCCUCACGUGGUGGCGGCGUUUUGGUGGUUUGGGGGGGGCAGAUGUGUUCGUGCGUACGCUGUACGGGGGUUUGAUGGAUCCGUCGAUCCCGCAGAGCGAGAAGCUGGUGCUGAUGCAGGAGCUCACGGCCAAGGUGGACCUGCGCGAGUACCGCAUGGAGGAGGACCGCCUCGCCCUCGCCACAGAGAAGUACCGCCACAUCGUGACGAGCCCCGAGGAGGGGGGCCACACUUCCGCCCGCCACCCGCCACACCACCUGCCGGCCCUCCUGCGCGGUAUGGCCUCUGCUUCCUCGUCUUGCCCUGCCCGCGUCGUCGCCCAGCGUGUGUGUCUACGUGUCGUCGACUGGGGUGGGUUGACAUGCCUACUAUUUUUUCUUUUUCUUUCUUCGUAA